UAUCUAUACAGCCGGAGACUGAACAUGUGUUACAAGAAACACACCGACCCUAAACUGUGGACUGACGCCAAGACAGCAUGCUCAGCAGUGGGCAGCUACCUCGUCAUCAUCAACAGCGCUGAACGGAACCAAUUCAUGUACAACAUUGCGGCAGAUAUUGGACCGUUUUGGACGAGCGGGAAUGUAAUGGGAUCAUCCUGGAGAUGGGGAGACAACUCUUCAAUUGCUGAGCCCACAUUCUGGAGCCCCGGGGAACCGAACGAUCAUCUAACCGAAAAAUGUCUCACCUUCUGGGACCUGAGCCUCCCCAACAGCUGGCACGCUGGUGACUGUUACUACCAUCCAAUGGCCUAUGUCUGUGAAAUAUCUAUGUAGAUUUGCACAGUUGUGUUUUUGUUUUGUUUUUGUUUUUUGUUUUUGUUUUGAGUGUG